AUUUCAUCUGUCUUAGCCACUGAGUGCGACGAAUCGGUGCGAAACAUUGAGUAGGAGAGAUCUUAGCAGUACCCAGUAACUCCACAAAGCCCGUCGCAACGUCACUCCUUAAGGCUGAGCUGAGCUUUGUGCCCGCAGCUCGCAUAUCUUGGCGGGGAAUUGAUUGACAGCAAAGAAAACAAUCAAAAAGUUUCCAUUGCUCGGAUGAGUAGACAAAGCAAUGUGAAAAUCAAUUGCAGCAGAUGUUCAAAUCUUCGUCUCAAAACCAAUAAUAUAUUUAAAUAAGCAGAAUGUCAUCUUCAUCACGUCGAUCGCCAGCAUUAGCACAAUCCCCUCCACCAAUCUUUCAAGCUUCAAUACUUCCUGAAGCUCCAAAGGAAAGCGCUGCAGUAAGGGUAAGCCACUCCCAUCGGUUCUCAACAUCUGUCACUAUCAUACUCAUCAAAUGUAUAGCUUAUCAUUGCCCCUAUUACCUUCAUCUCAUUUAUCAUAUCUCUUUUCCUCAUCGACCAACGCAAUAGCUCUCUGCGAAUAAAUCAACACUCUAAACCCCGCACCUAUCCGGAUACUUUCUUCGGGCGCAUCCAAGAAUUUCUACACAGUUUGGUAUUUAAACCACAACCAUAUGCAUAUAUAAAGUCGCCAUAUCGAGGACAGCAUGCGGAAGGAGAUAGGAAAAGGGAAGAAGAGCCAUGGCAUUGGCAUACUCAACAGAAGAAAAUGAUGAAGAUGGAGGUUUCGGAUGCUUUUAAAUUUCGACAAUGGGUUUUGGUUGGGAUGGCAGUUGUGGCAGCGGCAAUUGGACUGCUGAUAUUAUAUCUUGGGAAUUGGAUAAGGCGGAUGUGGUUUUGAGAUGAUUUGAUAGCUGUUGCUGUUAUACACAUUGGAAAGGAAGAGAUGAGAUCUCGUCAUUGCCAUCUCAGACACAAGCCAGCUGUAUGAGUACUCCGCAUAUUCAUCAAUUCCACUCAAGCCGAGGACUAGACCAAUUAUCUAAGCUUCGACAUGGUCAAAGCCGUAGCCGUAAUAACCUUACCAUCCUGGCCCUUAUCGGAUGAAAUACUUCCGCCCUCCAGGAUAAGCUCGGAAUUUAUACAUACGAUACGAGAUACGAGAUAAAAUAAAAAAAAGAUUGGAAAAUAUGGUGAGGGUGAGGUAAAGUUGAAAAUAAAAAGCAAAGAUAGAAAAAAGAAGUGAAUAAUAAAAAAAGGAAAUAUAAGUGGGAGAAGAGAUCGUGAGAGA